AGCAUGGACCUAUCACCUAUGGGCUAUGGCGAUCCUGCACCGAACUGACAGGUCGGUUGGUCCCACGGGCGAUCCACUCUCCACCAGCGCUUAAAAAACAGCUCCUGGCACGGGGCUCCUGUCCUCCCUUUGCAUCGCCGCCUCACUCCACUUCGACUCGCCUUUCGCUUUGCAUCGGGUUCUCGUUCUCUUCAUCGGCGGCGCUGCUCCGGCUCCGUUCAUUCUCUCCAGAAUGAAGGCAGCGCGGAAGCAUCUCGCCAUCCUCUUCGUCGUCCUCAUGCUGCGCCCGCCGGCGGCCGAGGCUGACGACGUCGCGAACUCGACGGCGGCCGGCGGCAACUCCACGGCGGCGGCGGCGUGCCCGCUCGACUUGGGCUACGUGGCGACGCUCCCGUGGGACCGCACGCCGUGCGUGCCGCCGGUGGCCAACACGACCGCCUGCUGCAUGACGCUCCUCUCGGUGCUCGCCGUGGGCCUCGCGGCGCGGCUCCGCGCCACGGGCCGCUUCCGCCUCCCGUCGGCCCCGGCGUCGGCGUCCUGCCUCCGCGCCUUUGCAGGCGCGCUCGCGGCGCCGCCGCUCUCGCUGCCGGCGUCCCUCGUGCCGGGCUGCUUCCCGGUGCCGUCCCAGUUCGCCAUCACCCCGGACUACUGCGCCGGGGUCACCACCGCCGCGGAGUACGCCGCGGUCGCGGGCGACGCGUCCGUCGCGGGCCUCAACGCCUCCUGCGGCGCCGACAUCACCUCCAUGUCGACCUGCACGCGCUGCCUCAACGCUGGCGUCGGCGCCUCGGCUCGCCUCACCGCAGCCGCCGGCAACAGCUCCAAGUCCCAGAACUGCUUCUACCUCACCGUGCUCUACGCGGCCGGGAUCUCUAGCUCCGCCGGCCCGGACUCCCCUGCCACGGCCAGCUGCGCCCUCGGCCUCGCUCUCUCCACCCCUUCCCCCCCGGCGUCGCCUGCAUCCAGCUCCACCAACCACACCAACAUCGCAGUAGCCGCCACGAUCCCGAUCGCCUCCGUCCUGCUCGUCUCCCUCGUUGCUCUGCUUCUCUGGAGGAAGAGGCGUGGGGAUACCAAGAUGAGGAGCAUCCAAAUCUCGGAGUCGUCGCGGGGGUCGCGCCCGCGGCCAAACACAGGCUCCGUGAUGUUCGACGUCCGCGAGCUGGCGAAGGCGACCGGCGGCUUCGCCGAGCGCAACCUCAUCGGCCGCGGCGGGUUCGGGGUCGUGUACCGCGGCGUGCUCGCGGACGGCACGGUGGUCGCCGUCAAGAAGAUGCUGGACCCUGACGUCGAGGGCGGGGACGAGGAGUUCACCAACGAGGUGGAGAUCAUCAGCCUCCUCCGGCACCGGAACCUGGUGCCGCUGCGCGGGUGCUGCAUUGCCGACGACGACCCCGACGAAGGCAAGCAGAUGUUCCUCGUCUACGACUACAUGCCCAAGGGCUCGCUGGACCAGUACAUCUUCGAGGACGGCGGCGACGGCCGGCGGCGGCCGGCGUUGUCGUGGGCGCAGCGCAGGGCCGUGAUCCUGGACGUGGCCAGGGGGCUCGAGUACCUCCACUACGGCGUCAAGCCGGGGAUCUACCACCGCGACAUCAAGGCGACCAACAUCCUCCUGGACGCGGACAUGCGGGCGCGCGUGGCGGACUUCGGCCUCGCGCGGCGGAGCCGCGAGGGCCAGUCGCACCUCACGACGCGCGUCGCCGGCACGCACGGCUACCUCUCGCCGGAGUACGCGCUCUACGGGCAGCUCACCGAGAAGAGCGACGUGUACAGCUUCGGCGUGCUGGUGCUCGAGGCCAUGAGUGGCCGCCGCGCGAUCGACCUGUCGGACCCGUCCGGCGUGGUGCUGAUUACUGACUGGGCGUGGACGCACGUGAAGGCCGGCCGGCCGCGGGAGGUGCUCGCCGGGGCGCUCCGGAAGGAGCCGAGCGCCGUCGUUGCGGCCAUGGAGAGGUUCAUGCUCGUCGGGAUCCUGUGCGCGCACGUCACGGUGGCGUGCCGCCCGACCAUGCCCGAGGCGCUGAGGAUGCUGGAGGGGGACAUGGACGUGCCCGACCUGCCGGACCGCCCGCAGGCGUUCGGCCAGAGGAUCGCGUUCGACGAAGGCGAAAGCAACUUCAGCGCCUCGUCGAUUCUGAGCGGCCCGUUCGUGGACUUUGGCGACAUGCUCAGGUGAUGCACGACGGCGGCGGCGGUGAUGGGUGCGUGCACAAUUUGCAGGGCGGCUCAAGUUUCAGGUCGCGAUCACACAUAUAUAUAGAUGGGAUGUAUUCUGUAUUCACAAUUUCACAUGCUACGCUACAUGUGCUGGUUACCUGGAUUUCAGGGUGAUGUAUAGCCCUCACCUGAUGUACAUGAACUAUGUAAUCUUAUACUGAAAUGCCAAAUGGAUGUCAUCGACGCAAA